AUGGGUACCGCACUCAAGACCUGGGAGCUCGAGAACUCGAUAAAGCUCGUGGAUCCAAGCAAGGAUGCACUGUACAACUACUCUCCUGCUGCUCAGAGAGCCAUCAACGAGGCCCACCCAUGGCGAACCGACCCCAACUACUUCACUUCGGUCCGCAUCUCUGCCAUCGCCCUCCUCAAGAUGGUCAUGCAUGCGCGUUCAGGUGGCUCACUUGAGGUCAUGGGCUUGAUGUUAGGCAAGAUUGAAGCACAUACCUUUGUCGUCACAGACGCCUUCCGACUACCUGUCGAAGGGACAGAGACACGAGUCAAUGCGCAGGAUGAGGCAAACGAGUACAUGGUCGAGUUCUUGCAGCGAGCACGCGAACAAGGGCAAAUGGAGAACGCAGUGGGCUGGUACCACUCACAUCCUGGUUAUGGUUGCUGGCUAUCUGGUAUCGAUGUCAAUACACAGAAGACACAACAGCAAUUUCAAGACCCCUUCUGUGCCAUCGUCAUCGACCCCGACCGAACCAUCUCUGCAGGCAAAGUCGAGAUUGGCGCCUUCCGCACAUAUUCGACCGAGUACGUCGAGAACCAGCAAAAGACCGGUGGUUCAAAGGUAUCAGGAGGUACAGACAGCGACGGUUUUGAGACCAUUCCGCUGGGCAAGAUUGAGGACUUUGGUGCUCACGCCAGUCACUACUAUUCCUUGGAGGUCUCGCACUACAAGUCUUCUCUGGACGCCAAACUGCUCGAGGCCCUCUGGAACAAGUACUGGGUACAGACGCUUUCGUCGUCGCCCCUGAUCUCAAACCGCGAGUACGGCACUAAGCAAAUCUCCGAUCUGGCACGCAAGAUGCAGCAAGAGUCACACAACAGCUCACGGUUCAAGGGCGGUCAGGGCUACUCGAACAGCCUCGAGGUCAAGAACCAAUUGACCAAGCUGGGCGCGGUGGGGUCGAAGAUUGCGCGUGAAGAAGAUAUGGGUCUGCUAGCAGCACAAGUCAAGGAUAAGGUAUUCAGCUUGCCGAGCGAAGGCGAGGUCAAGAGCCCAGACGUUGUUGAAAUGGAGACUUCGUGA